UAUCUUGUUGCUGGCAUCGUCAAUCUCACCAUUGAUACUUUCAUUGUUGUACUACUGAUGCCUCUGGUUUUUAACUUGCAAAUGAUUUUAUCCAAAAAAAUCGCCGUCUCUGCAAUGUUGAGCCUCGGGGCAAUGAUUUGCGUUAUUUCUCUAUUGAAGGUCGUUUGGUUAUGGACUUGGAAUCUAGCUGACCUGACCUACACUGUUACACCUGGUGCUAUUUACUCGGUAUUGGAACCAACGCUUGGGGUUGUAAACGCAUGUUUACCUACAAUCAAACCUGCUAUCACCGAGCUAUUU